AUGGUUAGGGAGCGGGCCAGCCUGCCUGAACCACCCCUUUCAAGCAAAAGUGAAGAGGGGGAGAUUACUGUCACAUUAGAGGAGGACGAAGAAGAGAAGACUGGAGAUCUGAUUAACACCAGUAAAUACAGAGAGAGACGUGACUAUCGUGGAUCCUCUGGGGAGCCUCAACAACCUCUUGAUGCUGACAGGGCAGAGAAGAAUCUCUCCACAUCAGAACACCUCAAGAGACACCAGCAGAGACCCACAGGGAAGAUAUCUCACUCCUGCUCUGACUGUGGGAAGAGAUUCACCUCAUCAGGCAUUAAAAUUCAUCCGAGAAUCCACACAGGAGAUAAAUCUUUCAGCUGUACUCAAUGUGGGGUGAGUUUUACUCAGUCAACCAGCCUCAUAUCACACCAGAGAAUACACACAGAAGAGAAACCGUAUAGCUGUGGUCAAUGUGGGAAGAGUUUUUUAAAAUCUAGAGAUCUGACAGUGCACCAGAGAAUACACACAGGAGAGAAACCUUUUAGCUGUACUCAAUGUGGGAAGAGUUUUGUUCAAUCUAGCCAGCUCAAAUUACACCAGAGAACACACACAGGAGAGAAACCUUAUAGCUGUGGUCAAUGUGAGAAAAGUUUUGGUCAAUCUAGCCAUCUGACAGUGCACCAGAAAAGACACACAGGAGAGAAAUCUUAUAGCUGUACUCAAUGUGGGAAGAGUUUUGUUCAAUCUUGCCAGCUCAAAUUACACCAGAGAACACACACAGGAGAGAAACCUUAUAGCUGUUGUCAAUGUGGAAAGAGUUUUGCUGAAUCUGGCAAUCUGACAAGACACCAGCAAGUACACACAGGAGAGAAACCAUUCCACUGUUCAGAUUGUGGAAAAAGAUUCUCAACUUCACAGAAUUUGAAGAUGCACCAGAAAACACACACAGGAGAGAAAGCUUAUAGCUGUGAUCAAUGUGGGAAGAGAUACUUUGAUAAAAGAUCUCUGAUCAAACAUCAGAAAAUACAUACAUGAAGGAAUUGUUUCAUGAUAUCAAUGAAUUAAUGUCACAAUGUAGAAUGUUUUAACAUUGUAGUAGCAGUAUUUUAAUGAUGUCACAAUGUAGAACCCUAAACAUUUGUCCCCUGUUUUAUUGAUUUCAACAUGAUAUGGAUAUUAGCCUCAUUGGAAAAUACAGGCUCUGAAAUGAAAGAAUUACUAUUUAUGUGAUUUAACAAAAAAGUGACUAACACAAAAAGAGCUGUUACACUUACCAUGUUGGUGACCCACUUUAAUCAAAAUCCACCACUUCAAAAUGUAGCGAUCUGUUUU